AUGUCUCGAGCUGUGUCAAUUCUUUGUUUUGGGGACUCUCUCACCGCUGGCUAUCAUUCUUAUGGCAUCGAAUACCAUCCUUAUGCCGAUGAGCUCGAAAGAGUCCUCAGAGAAGAAUUCCCUGGAAUAGAAUUCUACCCCACCGUGGCAGGGCUUCCCGGUGAUCUGGUGUGUUGGCCUGGAUCAUUCCAGUCUCGAAUGAAGUCGAAAUGCGACCACGCAAGGUACGACUGGUUGAUCUGUCUUGGCGGAACCAACGAUCUCGGAUACGGCAAGUUGGCCGAAGAAAUGUACGAUGGUCUCCAGAAAACUUGGCAUAUUGCUCUCGAUACAGGCUGCAGGGUCAUUGCGUUGACGGUUCCCGAGUGCAAAGCUCGAAGCAGUUCUCUCGAUAACCGGCGCUUCGAUCUGAACAAAAUGAUCCUUGCACAUAAAGCAGAGAGAUUCUACACUCUUGAUUUCCAAAGCAAGAUCCCGUAUCAUAGCUCGGACGAGAAUUUUAUCGAAAAACACUUUGAUGACGGGUUGCAUCUGACUCCUGAGGGAUAUGAUUUUAUGGGACGACUCAUUGCAGAGCGAAUGAUUGGUUUGUUGAAGGAUCAAGGUUUGGUUGGGAAGACACGGGAAGUUGAUCCGGUACUGGAUUCAAGCGAAUAUGUAGAUGUUGAGAUGAUAUAUUACGCUCCUUGA